UCACACUUCCGCUCAACGUUCUUCUUCUCUCUCAUCCUCCCGAUUCUUCCGCGCGGCUAAACGCAGAAAGCUCUCCCCCUCCAGCGUUCUUCUCCUUAAUUUAGCGUUUGAGAUCAAUUUUCCUCUUUUACCCAUGAAAAUUUUAGAGGGAAAUUUUACCGCCUAAUCUUAUAUGCUUCCCGAAUAAAGCCACGAUUUGGAGAUCAAAAAAAUAGGGUUCUUGAGCAGUUCGAUGGAGGCCUCAGAUUCUUUGCAACUCAAUUCUCAAUCUAGUCACAAUGUUCGUGAAAGAGCACAAUGGGAGAGGAGUCGUGUCAUCACGUUCUGUGAUAUCUGCAAAAGGGAACUCGAAAAUGGUAAUAGAUCUGGAGGAAGUUUAAAGAAGUUUGUAUGGACUAGCAUAGCAACUAAGUUCAAAAAUGAGACAGGACUUACCUAUGAUAGUCAACAAAUGAAACAUAAAUGGGAUAUGUUGAAAAAAGAAUGGAAGAAUUGGAGGAUCCUCAAGAGACUAGCAACUGGGUUAGGGUGGAACCCACGUAAAGGCACUAUUGAUGCUACAGAUGAUUGGUGGGAUAGAAAUAUUAAGGCUAAUCCAGAAAUAGCCAAAUUCCGAGCUAAAGGCAUUGAUCCUGAGUUGGAAGACAAGUUGGGAUUUUUAUUUGAUGAACAGAUAAAAAAUGAUCGCAGAUACAUGCCACAUUUUAAGGAUUGUAUUGGGGCAAUUGAUGGAACACAUAUCCCAGCUUCCAUUCCUGUUACAGACCAAUUACCGCGCAGAAGACUGAAGAAGACGAAGGAUGAAGUCUCCACCAAGUUGGAUCUUCCACUGUGCACUAGACGGAGGAAGGUGAAGUAGGCGAUGUCACAUAUCAUAGUCAAAGUUUAUAAAUUUUGACCAAGAAAAGUCAAAUGAGAAGAAUAUUUCCGAACGGAGGAAGUAGUAAUUAUGUAGAUUCGCACAAUACUUUGAGACCUAUUUAAAUUAUUUAGGUUUAACUAAAGGUUGGCAUGACACAUUAAUUCAUUCAGCUUUAUGACUGGCGUGAGGCACACUUAUUAAGCAUGUCAAUACGAAUGUAGAUUUUCAAACCUUUUUUUAGAGUAAAUUUUCAAAUCUUUUUCCAUUAAUCAAAUUGUACUCUUAGA